AUGAGGGACAAGGUGGCCACUGCCAUACAGAAGAUGGUCUCUGAAGGAAUACUGGAGCCUAUAGCAUUUUCGAGGUGGGCCACACCGAUAGUUCCCGUGCACAAGCGUGACGGUACUUUGCGAAUAUGUGGAGACUACAGGUGUACGGUGAACACCGUCAGUCAACCAGACAAGUACCCGUUACCAACGGCAACGGAGAUGUUUGCCAUCUUGGCAAAUGGCGCGGUUUUCAGUAAGCUCGACCUCGCACAGGCGUACCUGCAGUUGCCAGUUGAUGAAGAAUCAUCGAAUCUCUUGACGCUGAACACACCAUUGGGCCUUUUCAAAGUAAAGCGCUUACCAUUCGGUGUGUCAGCCGCGCCUGGAAUUUUUCAACGUUUUAUUGAGACGUUACUGCGAGACAUACCAGGUGUUGCGGUAUACCUGGAUGACAUCAUCAUCACCAGCAGGUGUGUUAAAGAACAUGACCAGAGAGUUCAGGCGGUGUUGGAACGUUUACAACAUUCAGGGCUGCGACUCAACGGUAAGAAGUGCUUGUUUGCCGUACCUGCCAUGGACUUCUUAGGGUUCAAAAUCAGCGCCGCAGGGAUACGUCCAUGCGCCGACAAGGUAAAGGCUAUUCACGGCGCAAGAGAACCGAGGGACAAGAAAGAGCUCCAAGCAUUUCUUGGCCUAGUUAACUUUUACGAGCGUUUUGUAGCGAACAAAGCAACACUACCUGAACCCUUACACCGACCGCUGGACAAGAAUGCCAAGUGGAAGUAG